AUGUUAAAAGAAAAGCCCGAAGAUGGUCAAGCAGCGGCCGUGGAGCCUGUUCCCGCCGCUGCAGCCGCAGAUGAAUCGGUGCAAGCCCUUAUGGACGUAUUGCAAGCCUCGCCAGCCUUUGCAUCGUCGCCAGAAUUUCACGACGCGCGGAGCUUCACUGCUUCGCCUGAGUUCGACAUGUUACAGGACUUCCUGACGUCUCCUAUGGACGACUCGCCUCUCGAGGAUUUCCUUUCGACCCCGGUCAUGGCUGACAGCGACAUUCAUCAACCUGCAGUCUACGACUCUGGCGUCUCUGGUAGUCUCUUUGCCGACAUGCCACUUUUUGGUGACGAUACGUCGGCUUACGCUGACGGCUUCGAGUUCCCUAAGCCAGCUGCCGACUCAUCUACUCUCGGUACCUUUGAUCAUCUCAUUUCCAUGUCGCCAAAUACUCCUUCCCUCGAUCCGUCUUCGCUGUUGACGUCGCCCGCUAGGGCCAGCCGGCCUCUCCCUCACUCCACCGAAUCGUCUCCUGCUCCCGGCCAGCAGGGCCGGAAGUCUCGCCCGACUGGGACGCGCAAGAACCUUACGCCUGAGGCUCUUGUUCCCAUCGACGCUCCCACUCAAAAACGCAACUACUAUACACCGUCAGCCACCUCCCGUAAGGAAGUCCCCGCGGUGUUCGCCCGCAAGCGUGCUCGCUCAACGGCGUUCGGGGACGAGGAGGACCAGCUGGCUGACGUGUCGGGCGCAGGAUUGACGAUGACCGAGCAAGAGGCCAUCGAGGCUAAGCGCCGCCAGAACACCCUGGCUGCGCGACGUAGCCGCAAGCGGAAGCUGGAGUAUCAGCGGGAGUUGGAGGAGGGCAUCGAGAAGGAGAGGCAGGAGAAGGAGAUGUGGAAGACACGGGCGUUGACAAUGCAAUCGAUGCUCAUCCAAGGCGGGUUGUCGGCGCCGUCCUUCGAUGAUUAA